AUGCUAUUAAAUUAUUUUACCGCUACCACGCUUCUGGCGGCCACUGGGACCCUUGCAUGGUCACGCUUUUCUGAUUCACAAGAUCCUUCAACCACCAUCAUCAAGGAGCCUAACGAGGGCGCUGCAACUCUUGUUAAAGCCGCAUAUGGUGAUGAUAUCUACUAUUGCUUCGCUCAACUCAUCCUCGCGUGGGGUUGCAAUGGUAUAAGCGACACUCCUAUCGGGAAAUAUCAGGAUGGCACAUGCGUCCCAUUGAAUGAGGGCAACGCCUAUGAGAUCUCUACAAUCUGCCAUUCAGCCAAGAUAGCGCUCUUCUAUAACGACAUGUCUGACGGAGAUGUUAAGGCUGUUGAGCCAGUUGAUGUCGAUUUCAACUGGGUUCUCGACUCUCCAAAGGCCGGCUUCCUUUACUUUGUCGAUGAGAAUAAUCGGGGCGAAGUGUGGUCUCCAUUACAACAACAAGAUGCUCAGACAGCAGCGAGCUAUGUGCUGGGAACGGCAACUCCUGAAUAUCUCUAUUUCACCGAGACAAAUUCCCAUUCACAUGAUUCUUCGCCCCGACUGCAUGAGUUGGUGUAA